AUGUACUGCUCCGCUAUUGUGUUUCUGGCCAUAUCCCUAGCCGUGGAUGUUGAUUCUCAAACCUGGGAUUCCUGGGGAGAAUGGGGAGCUGAAUGCAGUGUUAGUAAGAAGCUUCAUUAUCCACAUUCUCUUCAAUCUUUGCGAAAAUUCCAGACAUGCUCUGGUGCAGUUUCUCGUGGCCGUUCAAGAGUCUGCAUUCCUGGAGACGAUCUGAGCUUUUGCAGUGGUUCUCGUCUGGAAACGGAAUUAUGUCCCGAUUGUACUGCUGAAUGGACCGAAUGGUUUAUCGGUACAGAAUGUUCUGAUACCUGCGGUUUGUGCGGUAGAUUUACGAGAACGCGUGAAUGUAAAAGCCCGGACGGGUGCCCUACUCCUGCUCCUACGGCUUGUGUGUAAGU